AUGGAGCCAGGGGAGGAGCGGCCUCGCCAAGAGCCGGGUGACAGGGACGUCCCCACGGAGCCCUGCCCAGGUGCCGCGACACCAACCCACAGUGAUGGUCACCCACGCGGUUUCAUCAACCUGCUGGGUCUCCUGGAGGAGAACCGGACACCGCCGAAGCCUUACCGUUGCACCGAAUGUGGCAAGACAUUCGGGCAGAGCUCCAACCUCAUCGAGCAUCAACGGACUCACACCGGUGAGCGACCCUUCACCUGCAGCCAAUGCGAGAAGAGCUUCAGCCGCAGCUCCACCUUGGCCGAACAUCUCCGCACCCACACCGGUGAGAAACCCUACGCCUGCCCAGUUUGCGCCCGCGCCUUCAGCCGCAGCUCCACCUUGACCGAACAUCGCCGGACCCACACCGGCGAAACGCCCUACGCCUGUCCCGAGUGCGGCAAGACCUUUGGCCGAACCUCCAACUUGGUCAAACAUCUCCGAACCCACACCGGUGAGAAACCGUACGGUUGCGGACGUUGUGGUAAGACCUUCAGCCUCAGCUCCAACUUGGUCAAGCACGAGAGGACCCACACAGGUGAGAAGCCCUUUUCCUGCGGUCAAUGUGGCAAACGCUUCAAGAAGAAGACCCAUUUGGCAUCCCACCAACGAACCCACACCGGAGAGCGACCCUACCGAUGUGGUGAAUGCGGGAAAGCCUUCGGCCAGAGCUCCACCCUCAUCGAACACCAGAGGACCCACACGGGCGAACGCCCUUUCCGUUGCGGCGCUUGCGGUAAGAGUUUCUGCGUCAGCUCCAAUUUGGUCAAACACCAACGCAUCCACACCGGCGAGAAACCCUACGGCUGCGGGCGCUGCGGCAAACGCUUCCGCUACAAACCCCAGUUCACCCGGCACUUGAAGGUCCACCCCGACGGAGAUCCGGCAUGUGGCCCCUAA